AUGUUCCAUGUGUCUCUGUACCACUACUGUCUCCUGAUGUUCCAUGUGACUCUGUACCACUACUGUCUCUACUGUCUCCUGAUGUUCCAUGUGACUCUGUACCACCACUGUCUCUACUGUCUCCUGAUGUUCCAUGUGUCUCUGUACCACUACUGUCUCUACUGUCUCCUGAUGUUCCAUGUGUCUCUGUACCACUACUGUCUCUACUGUCUCCUGAUGUUCCAUGUGUCUCUGUACCACUACUGUCUCUACUGUCUCUGA